AUGAUGCUCACUUGCUGCACCACAACCUCCUACAUCACCGUCCUCGGCAUCAGCUUCGGUUCCCUCCUCGUCAUUCUGCUCAUCUUGUGCGCCAUCCGGUGGUACCUCGUGCGGCGGUUCGCGAGCCGGGGCGCUGCCGAGGCUACCGCCACGGCGGAACUGGAAAAGAAACAGCACAAGGGACUGGAUGCCGAUGCCAUCGCCGCACUGCCGGAGUUCGUGUUCCAGAAGGAGGAUGCCGACGGGGAGGAGGAGCGGGAGGUUGAGUGUGCCGUAUGCCUGGGCGUAAUGGCGGACGGGGACGCAGCGCGGCGGCUGCCCUCAUGCAUGCACGUCUUCCACCGGGGCUGCGUCGACGUGUGGCUAAGGGAGCGUUCGACAUGCCCGGUCUGCCGCGCCGAGGUGGACGUCACAUCGUCUGACGAGGGUUGUGAUGGGAAGGACCAAGAAGGCGACCCGUCGCGGGCGUCCACGUCGAUGCCGUGGACAGCACAGGAAGGGCCGGUAGACGAUGGGGAGAGGGACCUAGAGGCGCAACUGUAG